AAGAUGGCGGCUCACGUGGAUAAGCACGAAAUGCCUUCUUUAGCAGUAUCUCCUCCUGAUAAUGAUAUAACUGAACAAUGUGAUCACUUGGAGAGUGUUAAUCGAGUUUGUGCACAUUUGGAAUCAAGGAAAGUCAAGAAAGAAGUCAUAGAAAAGUUUAGGGCAAAUAGUAUGGAUGAGGGUGCAAUUUGGAAUUGCACAGAUGUCGAUCUUGAAAAUCUUGGCUUGAUAGAACGUGGACACAUCAUAUCUGUGAAAGGAUUCUGUAUGCCUAUGGGGAAAAACAAAGAUAAAGAAGUAUUAAUAAAUAGCAUCCGAGCUACAGGAAAAGAAAGACUAGAGCCUUCUUUGAAAAAACGUCGUAACUUUAGCACGAAAAAUGUGACCUUUGGUUGGAUGCAUUUUGAUGCAGUAAAAAAUCGUUAUGUUUCGGUACGUUUAUCGAAAGGAGGAGGCACAAGGAAUACAUAUUUUUCAAAUGACAGUGGAAUGACUGAUUUGUUAGAAUUUGGGAAAACUUUAUUUUUUCCAAAUGGCUGUUCUAUUCAUGGGCAUUUAAGUGACAUGGUAGUACAUCUAGGGAAUUAUAAGGGUGACAUUAUUAUGGAUGAAGACUUCAAGCUUGCAAAUUAUAUAUACGAUAACAAACUUUCAAAGACAAGACUGUACUUGUUGACUAAAGUAAAAAAUAAAAUACAAGCUCUUUUGGAGGAACUAAGAAGCCCUAUUAUACCUGUGACUGAUGACAGUGAUAACAGUGAUCAUGAAGAGAAGACAGUAAUUGAUAUAGAUAAAACAACAUCAGAACGCACCAGGAGAGAAACCAGCAGGCCUAUCAGAUUUCGUCAUUCAAUUGGUUCUCCAAAUCUAUCAUCCUUAACAUCAUCGCUUUCCACUACAGAAGACAAAGAGCAAUCGAGCAGUGGUGGUCUGAUUGGAAGUACAGAAGAUAGAGAACGGCUCAGACAAGAAAUAAAUGAUGCCUAUCAGCAGUCAUUAGAAAUUGAUCAGAGGAAAGAGAAUCAGAAAGAACAGGAAGAAAUAAAGAAUCAAAGGCAAGCAGAUUUAAAGGAAAGAAGGUUGUCAUUUGUUCUACCCGAACCAGGUGUGGAUGAAGAUCAUGUUGUAAUUAGUGUACGGCACCCUCACAUUGGCAACAAAGUGAGAUUAUUUAGAACUGGCUCCAAAAUGCUAGAUGUGUACAACUGGGUAGGUAGCCUUCACGAAAUACCAGAACAUUUCCAAUUGAUAGACUAUAGUGCAAACAACAUUGUAGAACCAGACCAGGAGGUAUGUUCCUUAGCUUUAAAUAUGAAUGAAGUUACAAAUCCAUUUAUUUCUGCUGUACAAAAACCCAAUGGUGAAAAAGAAACUGAAGAGCGUGUAGAAAUUACGCAAGGUGAAUGUAUGACUCAUUUACAAAAGGUGGAAAAUUGCAGGAAAAUUGCACUUGACAAAUUGAUACUCCAAGGAAGACAUAUAACUGUUUCAUUUGAUAAUGUUUUUGGGGACUUAAUUUCGCAUUAUCGCAAAAUUGAUAUACUUUCAGAACGGAUUAAUUUGUCAUUUUCUGAAGACUUCGGGGUUGGUGAUGGUGCAACCAAAGAUGUGUAUGCAAAAUGUUUUGAUGAAUUUUAUAAACAGUGUGAAGGAGAGCGUCAAAAAGUACCAAUAGCAACUAUGGACGAAAAUGACCUUGAAACCUUUGGUAAAUUAAUAACUCAUGCCUUUAUCCAACAUGGACUUUUUCCAUUACAAAUUUCCAAGGCAUCGAUCGAAUAUUCUCUUUAUGGAAAUGUUGAUGAUAAAGACCUUGUUUCGACUUUCCUGUUAUUUUUACCGGAAAAUGAACGUGCUUUGUUUGAAAAAUUUAGUGAAGUUCAACCUGUUCUUGAUAUUCUAACUGAGUAUAAAAUCUUUGAUUCACCAAAUGCUUCCAAUAUACUGGACUUGUGUAAGAAAGCAGCAAAUGUUGCUCUUAUACGUCUACCAUGUUUUGGGGUAAAUUCAAUUGUAAAAGGAAUGGGAAAGUUUUGGUCUGGAUUUUCGCGUGAAAUGUUCCAUUCCAUAUAUUCAUGCAUCGUACCGAAUCCAGAGCGUGUGAUAAAUUCUUUAUUAGUAAACGAAUUGCAGCAAACAGAGGCCAAAAUUGUAACAUGGUUGCAUAGAUUUAUCAGAAAUUGUACACCUGCGCAACUGUUUUCGUUUGUUCGUUUCGUCACUGGUUCCCCUAACCUGUGGCCAGAUGAUAUCAUUAAAGUUGAGUUUGUGGAUCAGGCAAAACAAUAUAUCAGACCAACUACACAAACCUGUUUUAAAAUUUUGCAUUUACCAAGGCAAUAUGUGUCAUACACAGAACUAUCAUCGAACAUUAUUGACAAUAUGGCUUUUGAAGAAAACUGGAUAAUUAGUGACAAAUUGUGAAAGUUUACUUCUGGACCUUUUACAAGUUUUUCUCACCGACUUUUGUAAAGAAUUGUGUUUGGAGAUUUUUUUAUUGUGUUAAAGAUUUUAUAUUUUGUUGAAAAAGGACUCUGUUAUGUUAAUAUUUAAAGGCACGCAAAAAGUUUUCAUUAAAAGAAUAAAUAAUCCGUACAAUAUCUU